AUGAGUCUAACAUUCACGAUCGGUCACUGCGAUUCGGUAUCUGAUCUCCUGCAACAACUACUUGAAGGCAAUUCAGAUACCCAUCUCAUUGUCUGUGCAACAAAAGCCGAGUUCUUGGUACAACUUACAGCAGCCAUUCGCUCACAAUGCGCUGGUCCAGACACUGCCGCGAGCCAUGGCCUGCUUACAAAAACUAUCGGGCUGCUUGCAAGAUCCAGCAAAAUACGGCUGGCAUUCUGCUCGAGUUUGGAGAGUGUUCGGGCAUACCUUGCCAUCUUAGGUCCUGCCGUUGGGGUGGUUUCCGAGACCGGAUCGCUUCCCCAUGACCGGCAACUCCUUGCAGUCCUUGAUAUGAUGGCUUUGCAUGUUACCACUUCGGAAUUCUCGGCACAGGGACUUUCAAGAACACUUGCUUCUGCCGUAGAGGCUUCCGCCAGGGCGGGGACAGAUCUCCGACUCUAUGAGUGCAUCAAUGCCCUGGACCCUUCAAGUGCUGUUAGGGGAAGCAAGCUGUGGGAUACGAACGUUCCUUUACUGAACGGGUCAGUUCGAAUGCGAUCGGACCAAAGUAGCUGGGGUGGACGAGGCGUCACUGUGAGACGUGUUGCCGAACGCUGGUUUGAAUUUGGCCAGAACCAUUGA